AUGUCCUACACCACUGGAAAUAUGUCCUUGGACACUGUUACGUUGGCUUCCAGUACUACAGGCAAGCCUGUAUCGAUUCCGAACACGAUAUUUGGUUGUGGACACCACAAUGGAGGAAUCUUCAGUGGGAUUGAGUCUGGAAUAGUUGGACUUGGAAGUGGAGCUGUGUCACUUGUAUCCCAAAUCGGCCAUGCGGUUGGAGGGAAAUCUUUCUCUUAUUGCUUGGUGCCGACGACUUAUGAACAAUCCGAUUCCGAUCCAAUCCUAGGAGCCAAACAAGGUCAGCGUGAAAUUUCAAGCACGGUAUAUUUCGGCCGUAACGUUUCAGGUCAUGAUGCGGUCUCAACCCCUUUGCUGUCAAAUGGUUCAGAAACCUACUAUUACCUUGAGCUUCAAGGCAUUGGCGUCGGUGCCGACAAUUUUAAACUUGAUGCUGACAAUUCACAAUCUUUUAAGGGCAACAUCAUCAUAGACUCUGGGACUACCUCAACAUUUUUGCCUACAAAACUUUAUCAAAGUUUUGAAUCAGCAAUUAGAAAGGCAGUUCAUCUGGAGGUGACCAAAGAUCCAACUGGCAUACUUCGGCUUUGCUACCAGACUAAAUCUGAAAUCGAAGACCCUAUCGUCACCUUCCAUUUCAAUGGUGCAGAUGUGAAGCUAAAACCUGAGAACGUUUUUCUUAGGGUUAGAGAAGAUAUUGUCUGUCUUUCAUUUUCCCCAACCAAUGAUGUGGCAAUCUAUGGCAAUGUAGCACAGAUGAACUUCUUGGUAGGAUAUGACCUAGAUAACAGGACUCUGUCCUUUAAGUCAACUGAUCAAUAUACAUCUACUGUCACAGAAGGUAGAGGAGCAGCUGGAAAGGGUGAGGUGGAAGACCCUGAGGCUGGAGCUGAUAAAAAUGGAAAAGGUGAUCCAGGAGAUAAUGCAGCAUUGUUGAACAGGUUAUUUCGUGAAUUCAUUUGGCCCAUCAAAGUCUCAAAAGCAUGUUGCAUUGCAUAUUUCUGA